GGCGCCUUCCGAAUGACCGCUGCGCGGUGCAGCUCGGCCACCCGCCAGCUGCUGCAGCACCAAGCCUCGCAAACCCUGCCGCCGACCUCGCCCUUCGCGCCGCGCCAUCUGCUCUCGAUCGCCGACCUGACGCCGACCGAGUUCGCGACGCUGGUGCGCAACGCCUCGGCUCACAAGCGCGCCAUCAAGUCCGGCGCCAUCCCGCAGAACCUGCUGGGCGCGCUGACGGGCCAGACGGUGGCGAUGAUGUUCAGCAAGCGGAGCACGCGGACGCGGAUCUCGACCGAGGGCGCGGUGGUGCAGAUGGGCGGCCACCCGAUGUUUUUGGGCAAGGACGACAUCCAGCUCGGGGUCAACGAGUCGCUGUACGACACCGCCGUGGUGGUCUCGUCGAUGGUCUCGUGCAUCGUCGCGCGCGUGGGCCCGCACGCCGACGUCGCCGGCCUCGCCCAGCACUCCUCCGUCCCCGUCAUCAACGCCCUCUGCGACUCCUUCCACCCGCUGCAGGCCAUCGCCGACUUCCAGACCCUCCACGAGACCUUCACCCCGAAGGCGCACCACCUCUCCAGCCUCGGCCUGGAGGGGCUGAAGAUCGCCUGGAUCGGCGACGCCAACAACGUCCUCUUCGACAUGGCCAUCAGCGCCGCCAAGAUGGGCGUCGAUCUCGCCGUCGCCACCCCCAAGGGCUACGAGAUCCCCGCCUCGAUGCUGGAGCUCAUCCAGCAGGCCGGCCAGAACGUCCAAAACCCAGGCAAGCUGAUCCAGACGAACAUCCCCGAGGAGGCGGUCAAGGGCGCCGACGUGCUGGUCACGGAUACCUGGGUCUCGAUGGGCCAGGAGGCCGAGGCCCGCAAGCGCCUCCAGGACUUCGCCGGCUUCCAGAUCACCCCCGAGCUGGCCAAGCGCGGCGGCGCCAACGAGGGCUGGAAGUUCAUGCACUGCUUGCCCCGUCACCCCGAGGAGGUCAGCGAUGAGGUCUUCUACAGCAAGCGCUCGCUGGUCUUCCCCGAGGCCGAGAACCGCCUGUGGGCUGCCAUCUCCGCCUUGGAGGGGUUCGUCGUGAACAAGGGCAAGAUCGAGUAGAUGGGGAUAUCUGGGAUCGUGUACUUUUGAACCAAAAAAAGCACUUGUUUCUGUUUUGAUGAGCGUGUAUAAGCACUUUUUCCGGUGGAGUAUCUUGAGGCGGAAGGGGGGAUUGUCUAAGCACUAUUCCAAUGAAUUGCAUGGACCCGAAUUCUGAGUCCUGAGGCUAUUUUGGUCUCAUUC